AUCGCCUAACCGUGCCUGAGAUGCAUCGUGAGCAUUGUUUAGCCAUAGUGGCAACACUUGCAAAACAGCUGCCGGUUUAUUAUUCAACCAAUCCGAGGAUAACAAAAAUAAUAAUAAUGGGGUUUCUAACAAAAGUGGCAGCCAAGGCAGCGCCCACAACAGAAACAACACAAUCCCCGCCUGCUAUUUCUGUAAACGAAAAGAAAGAGGCUCAGACCAAUGCCAAGGAAGAGGAACUUAAUGGUAAUGGACCCAAGAAAGAGCCAAAAGAGUGGGGUUAUGACUUAUAUCCAGAGCGCCGUGGAGAAGCGUUUAAGCCCAAAUGGUCCCGUAUACUACUUGGCCUAGAAGGACGCGAGAGCAUUGAUCGUUAUAAAUGUGAGGAAAACGUAUAUUGGUGCGUAAAGAAUGGGCCACUGGUUAAGCUAAUGAUGGGCGCAUUGCGAAGCUCUGGCUGUCCUAUUGAUCUACGCCGACACAUCUCCUGUGAGGUGUGCGAUCCUACAGUGACGGGCGGAUACGAUCCUGUGCUCAAUCAGAUUGUGGUCUGCCAGAAUAUGGCCCGGAAUAGGAGCAUGGUGCAUGGUGUGCUAACGCAUGAGAUGAUACAUAUGUUCGAUUACUGCAACAAUGACUUGGACUUUAAGAAUGUGGACCACUUGGCCUGCACUGAGAUUCGUGCCGCCAACUUGGCGCAUUGCUCCUUCUUGAGCGCCAUGUUCCAGGGCGAUGCCUCCCCGUUUAAUAUCAAGGAGGCUCAUCAGAAUUGCGUGAAGAGCAAAGCCUUGGCCUCUGUUUUGGCUGUGCGAAAUGUGAGUCGUCAAGACGCAAUUGAUGCGGUUGAACGUGUCUUUCCCAAGUGCUAUAACGACCUGGAGCCCAUUGGCCGAAGGAUACGUCGCAAUUCCACAGACCAACAAAAAGCGUACAUGGAAGGGCCCAUGUAUGGUUAUGAUGUCUAUUAAUAAUUGGAAUUUGUAAUUGAAUCCAAAAUGGUGGCAAUUAUGUACAAAAAAAUUAAUAAAUAUAAGUUUAAAGCGA